AUGAUUGUCAAAAAUCAAUUUAACAUCGGACAAUACACAUUUGGAUUUAUUAAAAAUGAACCAUAUCAGUUAAUUUUUUAUGAUAACGUAGCCAAUGGAAUAUUUUUUAGUCAAGUUACUGAAGCAAUAUCAUGUAAUAGACGUGAUAAAUAUUCCAUUCUUUCUGAGCUCAGCAACAAGCAAAGAGGAGAGGAUGGAUUAUAUACUUUUGCCUUGGUAUAUGAAUCUGCUAAUAAAUAUAAUAUUUGGCAGCAACUUAAUAAUCCAAUAAAUAAACCAGAAGGAUAUGUUUCACAUACUGUUUCAGGCUAUAAACCCCUUGAUAUACAAGCAUCUUUAUUCUGUUGGGGUGGUCUUGCCCGCUCGAAUUAUCCGUAUACUCUUUUAGAUGGUUGUCCUGGCCAUAAAUUCUGGUGUUUUUCAAUUGGAAUGUUGGCCACUAAUGAUGAAAAUCGCAGACGUAUUCCAUCUAAUUGCGAUGAAGUAGAUUCAGUUAGUAUUUGGGUAAAAGUCAGUGAAUAUUUAAUUCGAAGGAAAUCAUUCAUAAAUAUAAAUAUGAGUUAUCAAACUAACCUCCCAUUGAUUAAUGCGUAUAUUGCUAGUAUUUAA